UUAACUCCUAAUCCGCUCCCCCUCGAACGAGAGCGGGGCGCGUCUUCGCAAAAGGGUAGUUUGGUAAUUUUAACGUCGAUGGGGAAGCUGCAAAUAGUGAAACCAGAGUUCUAAACCCUCAAAGCUCCAGUGCAGUGCGUUGCGGGAGAGAGAGAUAUGGAAGAAGAUGCGCAGGAUAUGGAAACCACGAUAUCUUGCGCCAUGCGCGCACGCAUCAAAGAUUUCAAGGACCAGGCCGAUUCAUUGACUCUUGAAGGGAUUAGAAGGUCAUUAGAAAAGGACAUGGGAUUGAAGACAUUUGCAUUGGAUGCCCAUAAGAAAUUCAUCAAGCAAUGCUUGCAUGAGUGCUUCAGUGAACUUGAUGAUGAGAAUGUCUUGAAGAGCAUGGGGAAGAAUUCAGAGCAAGUCAUUCAUUCAGAAAAAGAAGAAACAACAAAUCCAGACAAAGAGCUUUGCCCACAUUCAGAAGCCACAGAACCUGGCUCUGAAGAUGAAGAGAAGAAGGAAGGAUCCCCAGUUCCGUCGGGGAGUGAAAUGACUGAACAUGAAACAGAGGAAACUGAAGGGGACAAAUCUGGAAAAAUUCUAAGUGAAGACAUAAUUAAGAAGGCUAUUAAUAAGAGAGCUUCUUAUUUUAGAGAUAAUUCUGAGACAAUUACUUUGUCAGGAGCUCGUCGACUGUUGGAGGAAGAUCUCAAGCUUGAGAAAAAUGCUCUUGAUGCCUAUAAAAGUUUCAUAAGCAAGCAGCUUGAUGAGGUACUGCAAUCUCCCGAGGUUGUUGAAUCUACUAAUGGGUUUAAGAAAAAAGUUCCAAAGAGAGCCUCUGAUAGCAAAAUUAGAGGUGGAAGUAGCAAGGGCUCUAGAAAAGUCAGUAGAGGAGACGGCAGUUCAGAUUCCUCACAUUCUAAUGUAAGUUCCAGUGGUGAGGAGGAUGUUGAGAAACAGCAGGUCAGACCAAAAAAGCAUGCUGUGAAAAAAGUAGCAGCAAGGAAACCUGAAGGACAGAAAAAGCGCAAAAGGUCUACAGAAGAAAGAAAGCCAUCUACCAAUGAGAAGAACAAGCCAGUGAAGUUGGCAUCAGAGAAAGGCAGCGAUACUGAUGAAGGUGGAAAUUCCUCUGAAGAUGGUAAAUCUCAAUCAUCUGCUGAAGAGCCUGUCAAGAAGAAGAGAGAAACUUCCACUCAGGUUUAUGGAAAACGUGUAGAACACCUAAAGUCAAUAAUCAAAGCCUGCGGAAUGAGUAUCCCCCCAUCAGUUUACAAGAGGGCCAAGCAGGCUCCUGAGAAUAAACGUGAGGCACAUUUGAUAAAGGAGUUGGAGGAGAUUCUUGGGAAGGAGGGGUUGUCUUCAAAUCCUUCCGAAAAAGAAAUCAAAGAGGUCAAGAAGCUGAAGGAAAGAGCAAAAGAGCUAGAGGGCAUUGACAUGAGUAACAUUGUCUCAAGUUCUCGUCGAAGGUCCUCAUCCAAUUUCAUUAUUCCUCCUCCCCCAAAGCCCAAGUUGGCAGUUGAAAAAAAUGAUGGUGGUGGUGGUGGUGGUGAUGAUGAUGAUGAUGAGGAAGAUACUGAUGAUGAAGAGAGUGAAAGCGAAGGCGCUAGUGAAGAUGCUGAAGAUGAAAGCGACUGAGUCACACACUACUGGAGUCGACAAGGCAGCAGGACCACUACUUUGACCAGCCCUCCAUCUUAACCGUCGAUCUGUGGAGGUACUGUCUUAUUUGGUAAGAAGUAACUAGUAGGCCAAGAAGUAACUAUUUGACCGGCUGAUCUGGAGUAUGUACAGAAAGCACACACCAAGGUGCAAUUCAUGUUAUAACAACUCCCAAAUGUUUAAUCUUUCUAAGCUGAAUGUUACUCAAAUGACAGUGGUCGCUUAGAUUAGUAUACAUUUUAGGUGAUAUGACUUGAUUAUCAAAAUGUAAAAGAUCAUGUUAGGGUUGUUUUUGUAUGGCCAUUUAUGUAUGGAAUAUGUGGGUGUGCAGGCAUUCCAUGCAGUGUUUUAGGA